AUGGCUGAACAAAUCAUGCCAAAGUUGAUAACAGUGGUUGGCGAUGUGACAGAUGCGACAUUCCCAGAUGAACCAGCCAUUGUUCCUGGAGUUGAAAGGGAUGUUGCCUUCCUCAUUGAUGGCACAGACAGUGUUCGAGCGGAUUUUGCCUACAUCCGGGAUUUUAUCAUUAAAGUAAUUGAACCACUUGAUAUUGGGAUUGACAAGGUUCGAGUUUCAGUGGUUCAACACAGUGAGAGGCCAACUCCAAAUUUCUACCUUAACACUUAUCAAACCAAAGAUGACGUGAUAAGAGCUGUCAAUGGAAUGACACUGUCUGGUGGACGUAGUCUAAACACUGGAUCUGCUCUGAGAUUCAUGAAGGACACUAUCUUGUCUGAAAGGCAUGGUAGCCGGGCUGCACAAAAUGUCCCUCAGUUUUUGAUCGUUUUGAUUGGAGGCAGAUCCAGGGAUAACGUGAAGGAACCUGCUGGUGCCCUGAAGACAGGAGGAGUCGUACCAUUUGGUGUUGGUGUCAAGGAUGCAGACCUAAAGCAGAUUGAGGCCAUUUCACACAACCCUUCCUUUGCCUUCACUGUGAAGGAAUUCAGUGAGCUUAGCACCGUACCACAAAGGCUCAAUAACUAUGUGAGCCUUCAAAGGGACCAGCUAGACAACGUCCUACGGCAAGUACAAAACGAUGCUGUAAAAAGAGAUAUUGUGUUCCUACUGGAUGGCUCUGAUAACACAAGAAAUGGAUUCCCAGAGAUAAAACUCUUUGUUAAGAGCAUAGUGGAGAGUCUCUCUGUCAGUGAGAGUCAAGACAGAGUGUCUGUGGUUCAGUUUGCUGAUAAAACUGAUGUCAACUUUUAUCUGAAUUCUCACAAGACAAAGAAUGACAUUAUGAAUGCCAUAGAUAAUUUAAGGCACAAAGGUGGCAGGCGCCUUAAUAUCGGGGGAGCUCUCCAGUUUGUGAGGCACAGUGUCUUCACUUCCUCUACUGGUAGUAGAAGACUAGAAGGUGUGCCCCAGAUUUUAAUUCUUCUAAGUAGCAAACCGUCCACUGAUAAUGUGAAAGGCCCAGCUUUUGCUCUUAAAGAGCAUGAAAUUGUGUCAGUGGGGGUUGGAGUUGGAGAUGCCAAUCCUUCAGACUUGGAAGUGAUUGCCUUCAAACCUGGUUUCACAUACAAGGUUACUGAUUUCUCCAAGUUGCCCUCAAUACAAUCACAACUUGUUGCUACAUUGAACAUAAACAAAGAUGCUGAGGGGACCAUGACUGGAAUCUCUGAUUUAAUAGGGAACAAUAAGAGGGAUAUAGUGUUUCUCCUUGAUGGGUCAGAUGACUCCAGAAAUGGUCUACCAGCUAUUCGAGAGUUCAUCAGAAGAAUGGCAGAAGAGCUGGAGAUUGAUGAAGAUAAGGUUCGAGUGGCUGUCGUACAGUAUAGUAAUGACACCACAGUUUACUUCAACCUGAAAACUCAUAGAUCCAAAAGAGCUAUCAUAUAUGCUGUAAGAAGUCUACGCCAUAAAGGAGGAAGACCGCGGAACACUGGAGCUGCAUUACGGUUUGUGCGAGAUCAUGUUUUCACCUCUACAUCUGGAAGCAGACGCCUGGAGGGAGUCCCUCAGAUUCUGUUUUUACUGACUGGAGGCAAAUCCAAUGAUGAUGUUUCAGGACCUGCAUCUGACCUAAAACAAAUUGGUGUUCUAUCUUUUGCCAUUGGAAUGAAAAAUGCCAAACAGGAGGAGCUUCAGAAAAUUGCGUUCUCCUCCAGAUUUUUUUUCAACCUGCCCAUCUUUGGUGAACUUUUGUCCAUUCAGCCGGAGAUAGCGGCAUUUGUCCAGGCGGAAAUACAAAUUGAGCCUCCUACUGUUGUGGUUGAAUUAGAGUCCCCUCAAAGAGACAUAGUGUUUCUGUUGGAUGGGUCAGAUGACACACAGAGUGGCUUCCCAGCAAUCAAAGGUUUUAUCCAAAAAGUGGUAGAAACACUCAGUGUUGGUGAGAACAAAGACCGUGUCUCUGUGGUCCAAUAUAGCAGAGAUCCACAAACACAUUUCAGUUUGAACACCUACACCGAAAAACAAGAUGUUCUUGAUGCUGUCCAGCAGUUGAACCAUAAAGGGGGCAGACCUCUCAACACUGGGGCAGCUCUUGACUAUGUGAGGAAUACUGCUUUAGCUGAUUCCUCUGGGAGUCGGCAUCAAGAAGGUGUCCCUCAGAUAUUGAUUCUGUUGAGUGGGGGAAGAUCUGAAGAUGAUGUUGCAAGUGCUGCUGCAGCUCUAAAACAGAGCAAAGUUGUUCCAUUCUGUAUAGGUACAAAGAAUGCAGACAUACUUGAGCUCCAGAUGAUUUCACAUAUCCCUUCCUAUGCUUUCUUUGUGCCUCGGUUUGAUGAUAUUGGGAGCAUCCAUCAACAACUUGUAUCAUUUGUGAAAAGGGUGCCUCGUCAGCCAAGACUAAAACCACAGAAUGUAUUAGGUAAGAUAUCUAUCAAUCAAUCUGUCAAUGAAUCUAUCUAUCUAUCCACUUUUCAUAAUUGGAUUACCUCAUGUGUAACUCUGAUUACCAUGCUUGUGUCUGUCAAAGCUUCUGCAGAUAAAACUGAAUCCAUUCAACAUGAUAUUGUGUUUUUACUGGAUUCCUCUGAUGACAUGCAAAAUGAAUUUGAAGCAAUGCGUGGCUUUGUUGAGAGAAUGGUGGAGAAACUUGAUGUGGAUGAGAACAAAGAUCGUGUGUCAGUGGUGCAGUACAGCAGAGCACCUUCUGUUGUUUUUUUUCUGAACACAUACAAAACACAGCAGAAUAUUGCUGACACUGUGCGAAGUCUGAAGCAUAAAGGUGGCAGACCCCUCAAUACUGGUGCAGCCCUCCAAUACAUCAAGGAUAAUGUUUUGACAGCCUCUUCUGGAAGUAGGCACCAACAGCAUGUCCCUCAGAUUUUGGUUCUCUUCACUGGUGGACGGUCCAGUGAUGAUGUCAGAAAUGCUGUAGAAAACUUGAAAGAAAUCGGUGUGGUGGUAUUUGUGGUGGGAACAAAGAAUGCAGAUACCCUUGAGAUUCAGUCUAUUUCACAGGAAGCCAGUCAUGCUUUCUUUGCAGCAGACUUCAGUGACCUUUCAGGCAUUGAACAACAAAUAUUUUCUGCCAUCAAGAAGGGUAAAACUCCUGCUAUCAAACCAGCAUCAUACGAUACCAACGGGAGAGACGUUGUUUUUUUGCUUGAUGGUACUGAUGAUUCUCAACAAAGAUUUCCAGCUAUUAAAGACUUUGUGCUGAGAGUAGUGGCGGACCUAAACAUUGAUGAAAACAAAGAUCGCGUGGCUGUGGUCCAGUACAGCAACACGGCACAGGUUAAUUUUAACUUGAGUCGUUACUCAACAGAGGAUGAUGUUCUUGAUGCAGUAAGAGGUCUAAGUCACAAUGGAGGUUAUCCACACAAUAUUGGAGCAGCUCUCCAGUAUUUGAGGGACAAUGUAUUUACUUCUGGCUCAGGCAGUAGACUCCUUGAGGGAGUUCCACAAAUUCUAAUUCUACUGAGUGGUGGAAGAUCUGCAGAUGACAUAAGAACCCCUGUCAGAAUGCUGAAUGAGAUUGGUGUAAUCUCAAUUGCCAUUGGAACAACUGAUGCUGACACCUUGGAACUCCAAACAAUAUCUCACAAACCCAAUUAUGCGCUCUCUAUCGCUAAUUAUGAGGAGCUUCCUACUGCUAAGCAGGAUGUGUUGUCACUGUUAGGAGAGGCUUCCCACCAUGUAGAGCAAACUGCUCCAACAAAGGGUUUUGGUAAGAUUGAUGAAAAAGGAAGAGAUAUAGUAUUUCUCUUGGAUGGAUCUGAUAAUACCAGAAGUGGAUUCACAGCCAUUCAAGAUUUCCUGUACAAAGUAAUAGAAAGACUUGAUAUUGGACCAAAUAAAGACAGAGUUGCUGUGAUUCAGUUUAGCAAUGUGGCGCUUGCCAAUUUCUUUUUGAAUUCAUUCUUGAGGAAGGAAGAUGUCCUUAGAGCUGUCAGGAGGCUCUCACACAAAGGUGGAAGACCUCUCAAAACGGGGGCAGCUCUACAAUAUGUUAAAGAAAAUGUAUUCACAGCUGCCUCAGGGAGCAGAUAUACUGCAAAUGUUCCACAAAUUCUUGUUGUUUUAAUUAGUGAUCCAUCAAGUGACAAUGUGGAUUUAGCUGCUGCUGCUUUAAAAGAAAGCAAUGUCACAAUAUUAACUAUUGCAACAAAGAAUUCAGACCAAAGGGAAAUGGAAAAGAUAUCACAUGGUCCGAGUUACUCUAUAGACCUUUCUGAAAUAACUGAUCUUCCAAAUAUACAAGAGCAAGUUAUUGCUGCAAUUACAGAAGACAAUUUGAAAAAUGACAUUUCGAAAACAGGAGGAAUCGUGGACAGAAAGGCACCAGGAAGGGAUAUUGUGUUCUUGUUGGAUGGAUCUGAUGGCACUAGAACUGGAUUCCCAGCUAUGCGAGACUUUGUCCAAAGAGUAGUAGAGAAACUCAGUGUUGAUGACAACAAGGACCGUGUCUCAGUGGUUCAGUACAGCAGAGAUCCAGCUGUCCAGUUCUAUCUGAACACGUACGCCACAAAGGGCGAGGUCCUUGACACUGUUAAAGGUUUGAGGCACAAAGGCGGAAGACCCCUCAACACUGGAGCAGCUCUCCAGUAUGUGAGGGAUAAUGUCUUCACAGCCUCUGCAGGAAGCAGGCACCUGGAAGGAGUUCCACAGGUGCUGAUAUUGUUAAGUGGUGGAAGGUCUUUUGACAGUGUUGAUGAACCAGCUUCUGCUCUCAAACAGCUGGGAGUCUUGACCUUUGCAAUAGGAACCAGGAGCUCUGAUAGCAAAGAACUGCAGAAGAUAUCCUAUGACCCCAGUUAUGCUCUAUCUGUGUCUGAAUUCACUGACCUUCCCAGUGUCCAACAACAACUUCAGUCUUCCGUGGAGGCUGUGGUUGUUGACGUCACCCCAGAGUCACCAACUGUACCUGUUGACACUGCCAAAAAGGAUAUCGUAUUCCUUCUGGAUGGUUCCGAUGGCACAAGGAAUGGCUUCCCUGCCAUGCGUGAUUUUGUUGAGAGAGUGGUGGAGAAACUCAAUGUGGGACAAAACAAAGACCGUGUCUCUGUGGUUCAGUACAGCAGAGAUGCAGAGGUCCAUUUCUAUCUGAACACGUACACCACCAGAGAGGAUAUUGUGGAUUCGGUCAGAGGGCUGAAACACAAAGGAGGCAGACCCCUCAACACCGGGGCAGCCCUCCAGUACGUCAGGGACAACGUCUUUACAAACUCCUCCGGGAGUAGGCGCCUGCAAGGUGUUCCACAGAUGUUGAUCCUGCUAAAUGGUGGAAGUUCUUUUGACAAUGUAGAUGCCCCAGCCUCUGCUCUCAAACAGCAGGGCAUCUUUGCUAUUAGCAUUGGAACAAGGAAGUCCGACAGCGGAGAGCUGCAGAAGAUAUCACAUGACCCUAGUUACGCUCUAUCUGUGUCUGACUUCACUGACCUGCCCAGUGUCCAAGAACAGCUCUCCUCUGUAAUGAGCACAGUGCUAGUGAGGGCCACACUCAUGACACCAACAGUAACUGUGGACAGAAAGGCACCAGGGAGGGAUGUUGUGUUCUUGUUGGAUGGAUCUGAUGGUACUAGAACUGGAUUCCCAGCUAUGCGAGACUUUGUCCAAAGAGUAGUGGAGAAACUCAGUGUUGAUGACAACAAGGACCGUGUCUCAGUGGUUCAGUACAGCAGAGAUCCAGCUGUCCAUUUCUAUCUGAACACGUACACCACGAAGGGUCAGGUCCUUGACACUGUUAAACGUUUGAGACACAAAGGCGGAAGACCCCUCAACACUGGAGAAGCUCUCCAGUAUGUGAAGGAUAAUGUCUUCACGGCCUCUGCCGGAAGCAGGCGCCUGGAAGGAGUUCCACAGGUGCUGAUAUUGUUAAGUGGUGGAAGGUCUUUUGACAGUGUUGAUGAACCAGCUUCUGCUCUCAAACAGCUGGGAGUCUUGACAUUUGCAAUUGGAACCAGGAGCUCUGAUAGCAAAGAAUUGCAGAAGAUAUCCUACGACCCAAGUUAUGCUCUAUCUGUGUCUGAAUUCACUGACCUUCCCAAUGUCGUACAACAACUUCAGUCUUCCGUGGACGCUGUGGUUGUUGACGUCACCCCAGAGUCACCAACUGUACCUGUUGACACUGCCAAAAAGGAUAUUGUAUUCCUUCUGGAUGGUUCCGAUGGCACAAGGAAUGGCUUCCCUGCCAUGCGUGAUUUUGUUGAGAGAGUGGUGGAGAAACUCAAUGUGGGACAAAACAAAGACCGUGUCUCUGUGGUCCAGUACAGCAGAGAUGCAGAGGUCCAUUUCUAUCUGAACACGUACACCACAAGAGAGAAUAUUGUGGAGUCGGUCAGAGGGCUGAAACACAAAGGAGGCAGACCCCUCAACACCGGGGCAGCCCUCCAGUACGUCAGGGACAACGUCUUUACAAACUCCUCCGGGAGUAGGCGCCUGCAAGGUGUUCCACAGAUGUUGAUCCUGCUAAAUGGUGGAAGUUCUUUUGACAAUGUAGAUGCCCCAGCCUCUGCUCUCAAACAGCAGGGCAUCUUUGCCAUUGGCAUUGGAACAAGGAACUCUGACAGUAGAGAGCUGCAGAAGAUAUCAUAUGACCCUAGUUACGCUCUAUCAGUGUCUGACUUCACUGACCUCCCCAGUGUCCAAGAACAGCUCUCCUCUGUAAUGAGCACAGUGCUAGUGAGGGCCAUGCCCAUGACACCAACAGUAACUGUGGACAGAAAGGCACCAGGAAGGGAUGUUGUGUUCUUGUUGGAUGGAUCUGAUGGUACUAGAACUGGAUUCCCAGCUAUGCGAGACUUUGUCCAAAGAGUAGUAGAGAAACUCAGUGUCGAUGACAACAAGGACCGUGUCUCAGUGGUUCAGUACAGCAGAGAUCCAGCUGUCCAUUUCUAUCUGAACACAUACACCACGAAGGGUCAGGUCCUUGACACUGUCAAACGCUUGAGACACAAAGGCGGAAGACCCCUCAACACUGGAGAAGCUCUCCAGUAUGUGAGGGAUAAUGUCUUCACGGCCUCUGCCGGAAGCAGGCGCCUGGAAGGAGUCCCACAGGUGCUGAUAUUGUUAAGUGGUGGAAGGUCUUUUGACAGUGUUGAUGAACCAGCUUCUGCUCUCAAACAGCUGGGAGUCUUGACAUUUGCAGUCGGAACCAGGAGCUCUGAUAGCAAAGAAUUGCAGAAGAUAUCCUACGACCCCAGUUAUGCUCUAUCUGUGUCUGAAUUCACUGACCUUCCCAAUGUCGUAGAACAACUUCAGUCUUCCGUGGAGGCUGUGGUUGUUGAAGUCACCCAAGAGUCACCAACUGUACCUGUUGACACUGCCAAAAAGGAUAUCGUAUUCCUUCUGGAUGGUUCCGAUGGCACAAGGAAUGGCUUCCCUGCCAUGCGUGAUUUUGUUGAGAGAGUGGUGGAGAAACUCAAUGUGGGACAAAACAAAGACCGUGUCUCUGUGGUUCAGUACAGCAGAGAUGCAGAGGUCCAUUUCUAUCUGAACACGUACACCACAAGAGAGGAUAUUGUGGAUUCGGUCAGAGGGCUGAAACACAGAGGAGGUAGACCCCUCAACACCGGGGCAGCCCUCCAGUACGUCAGGGACAACGUCUUUACAAACUCCUCCGGGAGUAGGCGCCUGCAAGGUGUUCCACAGAUGUUGAUCCUGUUAAAUGGUGGAAGUUCUUUUGACAAUGUAGAUGCCCCAGCCUCUGCUCUCAAACAGCAGGGCAUCUUUGCUAUUGGCAUUGGAACAAGAAACUCUGACAGUGGAGAGCUGCAGAAGAUAUCACAUGACCCUAGUUACGCUCUAUCAGUGUCUGACUUCACUGACCUCCCCAGUGUCCAAGAACAGCUCUCCUCUGUAAUGAGCACAGUGCUAGUGAGGGCCAUGCCCAUGACACCAACAGUAACUGUGGACAGAAAGGCACCAGGAAGGGAUGUUGUGUUCUUGUUGGAUGGAUCUGAUGGUACUAGAACUGGAUUCCCAGCUAUGCGAGACUUUGUCCAAAGAGUAGUGGAGAAACUCAGUGUUGAUGACAACAAGGACCAUGUCUCAGUGGUUCAGUACAGUAGAGAUCCAGAUGUCCAGUUCUAUCUGAACACGUACACCACAAAGAGCGAGGUCCUUGACACUAUUAAAGGUUUGAGGCACAAAGGCGGAAGACCCCUCAACACUGGAGCAGCUCUCCAGUACGUGAGGGAUAAUGUCUUCACGGCCUCUGCAGGAAGCAGGCGCCUGGAAGGAGUCCCACAGGUGCUGAUAUUGUUAAGUGGUGGAAGGUCUUUUGACAGUGUUGAUGAACCAGCUUCUGCUCUCAAACAGCUGGGAGUCUUGACCUUUGCAAUCGGAACCAGGAGCUCUGAUAGCAAAGAACUGCAGAAGAUAUCCUACGACCCCAGUUAUGCUCUAUCUGUGUCUGAAUUCACUGACCUUCCCAGUGUCCAACAACAACUUCAGUCUUCCGUGGAAGCUGUGGUUGUUGACGUCACCCCAGAGUCACCAACUGUACCUGUUGACACUGCCAAAAAGGAUAUUGUAUUCCUUCUGGAUGGUUCCAAUGGCACAAGGAAUGGCUUCCCUGCCAUGCUUGAUUUUGUUGAGAGAGUGGUGGAGAAACUCAAUGUGGGACAAAACAAAGACCGUGUCUCUGUGGUCCAGUACAGCAGAGAUGCAGAGGUCCAUUUCUAUCUGAACACAUACACCACAAGAGAGGAUAUUGUGGAUUCGGUCAGAGGGCUGAAACACAGAGGAGGCAGACCCCUCAACACCGGGGCAGCCCUCCAGUACGUCAGGGACAACGUCUUUACAAACUCCUCCGGGAGUAGGCGCCUGCAAGGUGUUCCACAGAUGCUGAUCUUACUAAAUGGUGGAAGUUCUUUUGACAAUGUAGAUGCCCCAGCCUCUGCUCUCAAACAGCAGGGCAUCUUUGCCAUUGGCAUUGGAACAAGAAACUCUGACAGUGGAGAGCUGCAGAAGAUAUCAUAUGACCCUAGUUACGCUCUAUCAGUGUCUGACUUCACUGACCUCCCCAGUGUCCAAGAACAGCUCUCCUCUGUAAUGAGCACAGUGCUAGUGAGGGCCACGCCCAUGACACCAACAGUAACUGUGGACAGAAAGGCACCAGGAAGGGAUGUUGUGUUCUUGUUGGAUGGAUCUGAUAGUACUAGAACUGGAUUCCCAGCUAUGCGAGACUUUGUCCAAAGAGUAGUAGAGACACUCAGUGUGGAUGACAACAAGGACCGUGUCUCAGUGGUUCAGUACAGUAGAGAUCCAGAUGUCCAGUUCUAUCUGAACACGUACACCACAAAGAGCGAGGUCCUUGACACUAUUAAAGGUUUGAGGCACAAAGGCGGAAGACCCCUCAACACUGGAGCAGCUCUCCAGUUCGUGAGGGAUAAUGUCUUCACGGCCUCUGCCGGAAGCAGGCGCCUGGAAGGAGUCCCACAGGUGCUGAUAUUGUUAAGUGGUGGAAGGUCUUUUGACAGUGUUGAUGAACCAGCUUCUGCUCUCAAACAGCUGGGAGUCUUGACCUUUGCAAUCGGAACCAGGAGCUCUGAUAGCAAAGAACUGCAGAAGAUAUCCUACGACCCCAGUUAUGCUCUAUCUGUGUCUGAAUUCACUGACCUUCCCAGUGUCCAACAACAACUUCAGUUUUCCGUGGAAGCUGUGGUUGUUGACGUCACCCCAGAGUCACCAACUGUACCUGUUGACACUGCCAAAAAGGAUAUCGUAUUCCUUCUGGAUGGUUCCGAUGGCACAAGGAAUGGCUUCCCUGCCAUGCGUGAUUUUGUUGAGAGAGUGGUGGAGAAACUCAAUGUGGGACAAAACAAAGACCGUGUCUCUGUGGUCCAGUACAGCAGAGAUGCAGAGGUCCAUUUCUAUCUGAACACAUACACCACCAGAGAGGAUAUUGUGGAUUCGGUCAGAGGGCUGAAACACAGAGGAGGCAGACCCCUCAACACCGGGGCAGCCCUCCAGUACGUCAGGGACAACGUCUUUACAAACUCCUCCGGGAGUAGGCGCCUGCAAGGUGUUCCACAGAUGUUGAUCCUGCUAAAUGGUGGAAGUUCUUUUGACAAUGUAGAUGCCCCAGCCUCUGCUCUCAAACAGCAGGGCAUCUUUGCCAUUGGCAUUGGAACAAGGAACUCUGACAGUGGAGAGCUGCAGAAGAUAUCAUAUGACCCUAGUUACGCUCUAUCAGUGUCUGACUUCACUGACCUCCCCAGUGUCCAAGAACAGCUCUCCUCUGUAAUGAGCACAGUGCUAGUGAGGGCCACGCCCAUGACACCAACAGUAACUGUGGACAGAAAGGCACCAGGAAGGGAUGUUGUGUUCUUGUUGGAUGGAUCUGAUGGUACUAGAACUGGAUUCCGUGCUGUGCGAGACUUUGUCCAAAGAGUAGUAGAGACACUCAGUGUGGAUGACAACAAGGACCGUGUCUCAGUGGUUCAGUACAGCAGAGAUCCAGCUGUCCAGUUCUAUCUGAACACGUACAGCACAAAGGGCGAGGUCCUUGACACUGUUAAAGGUUUGAGGCACAAAGGCGGAAGACCCCUCAACACUGGAGCAGCUCUCCAGUUCGUGAGGGAUAAUGUCUUCACGGCCUCUGCCGGAAGCAGGCGCCUGGAAGGAGUCCCACAGGUGCUGAUAUUGUUAAGUGGUGGAAGGUCUUUUGACAGUGUUGAUGAACCAGCUUCUGCUCUCAAACAGCUGGGAGUCUUGACCUUUGCAAUCGGAACCAGGAGCUCUGAUAGCAAAGAACUGCAGAAGAUAUCCUAUAACCCCAGUUAUGCUCUAUCUGUGUCUGAAUUCACUGACCUUCCCAGUGUCCAACAACAACUUCAGUCUUCCGUGGAAGCUGUGGUUGUUGACAUCACCCUAGAGUCACCAACUGUACCUGUUGACACUGCCAAAAAGGAUAUCGUAUUCCUUCUGGAUGGUUCCGAUGGCACAAGGAAUGGCUUCCCUGCCAUGCGUGAUUUUGUUGAGAGAGUGGUGGAGAAACUCAAUGUGGGACAAAACAAAGACCGUGUCUCUGUGGUCCAGUACAGCAGAGAUGCAGAGGUCCAUUUCUAUCUGAACACGUACACCACCAGAGAGGAUAUUGUGGAUUCGGUCAGAGGGCUGAAACACAAAGGAGGCAGACCCCUCAACACCGGGGUAGCCCUCCAGUACGUCAGGGACAACGUCUUUACAAACUCCUCCGGGAGUAGGCGCCUGCAAGGUGUUCCACAGAUGUUGAUCCUGCUAAAUGGUGGAAGUUCUUUUGACAAUGUAGAUGCCCCAGCCUCUGCUCUCAAACAGCAGGGCAUCUUUGCCAUUGGCAUUGGAACAAGGAACUCUGACAGUAGAGAGCUGCAGAAGAUAUCAUAUGACCCUAGUUAUGCUCUAUCAGUGUCUGACUUCACUGACCUCCCCAGUGUCCAAGAACAGCUCUCCUCUGUAAUGAGCACAGUGCUAGUGAGGGCCACGCCCAUGACACCAACAGUAACUGUGGACAGAAAGGCACCAGGAAGGGAUGUUGUGUUCUUGUUGGAUGGAUCUGAUAGUACUAGAACUGGAUUCCCAGCUAUGCGAGACUUUGUCCAAAGAGUAGUAGAGACACUCAGUGUGGAUGACAACAAGGACCGUGUCUCAGUGGUUCAGUACAGCAGAGAUCCAGCUGUCCAGUUCUAUCUGAACACGUACACCACAAAGGGCGAGGUCCUUGACACUGUUAAAGGUUUGAGGCACAAAGGCGGAAGACCCCUCAACACUGGAGCAGCUCUCCAGUUCGUGAGGGAUAAUGUCUUCACGGCCUCUGCCGGAAGCAGGCGCCUGGAAGGAGUCCCACAGGUGCUGAUAUUGUUAAGUGGUGGAAGGUCUUUUGACAGUGUUGAUGAACCAGCUUCUGCUCUCAAACAGCUGGGAGUCUUGACCUUUGCAAUCGGAACCAGGAGCUCUGAUAGCAAAGAACUGCAGAAGAUAUCCUAUGACCCCAGUUAUGCUCUAUCUGUGUCUGAAUUCACUGACCUUCCCAGUGUCCAACAACAACUUCAGUCUUCCGUGGAAGCUGUGGUUGUUGACAUCACCCUAGAGUCACCAACUGUACCUGUUGACACUGCCAAAAAGGAUAUCGUAUUCCUUCUGGAUGGUUCCGAUGGCACAAGGAAUGGCUUCCCUGCCAUGCGUGAUUUUGUUGAGAGAGUGGUGGAGAAACUCAAUGUGGGACAAAACAAAGACCGUGUCUCUGUGGUCCAGUACAGCAGAGAUGCAGAGGUCCAUUUCUAUCUGAACACGUACACCACCAGAGAGGAUAUUGUGGAUUCGGUCAGAGGGCUGAAACACAAAGGAGGCAGACCCCUCAACACCGGGGCAGCCCUCCAGUACGUCAGGGACAACGUCUUUACAAACUCCUCCGGGAGUAGGCGCCUGCAAGGUGUUCCACAGAUGUUGAUCCUGCUAAAUGGUGGAAGUUCUUUUGACAAUGUAGAUGCCCCAGCCUCUGCUCUCAAACAGCAGGGCAUCUUUGCCAUUGGCAUUGGAACAAGGAACUCUGACAGUAGAGAGCUGCAGAAGAUAUCAUAUGACCCUAGUUACGCUCUAUCAGUGUCUGACUUCACUGACCUCCCCAGUGUCCAAGAACAGCUCUCCUCUGUAAUGAGCACAGUGCUAGUGAGGGCCACGCCCAUGACACCAACAGUAACUGUGGACAGAAAGGCACCAGGAAGGGAUGUUGUGUUCUUGUUGGAUGGAUCUGAUAGUACUAGAACUGGAUUCCCAGCUAUGCGAGACUUUGUCCAAAGAGUAGUAGAGACACUCAGUGUGGAUGACAACAAGGACCGUGUCUCAGUGGUUCAGUACAGUAGAGAUCCAGAUGUCCAGUUCUAUCUGAACACGUACACCACAAAGAGCGAGGUCCUUGACACUAUUAAAGGUUUGAGGCACAAAGGCGGAAGACCCCUCAACACUGGAGCAGCUCUCCAGUUCGUGAGGGAUAAUGUCUUCACGGCCUCUGCCGGAAGCAGGCGCCUGGAAGGAGUCCCACAGGUGCUGAUAUUGUUAAGUGGUGGAAGGUCUUUUGACAGUGUUGAUGAACCAGCUUCUGCUCUCAAACAGCUGGGAGUCUUGACCUUUGCAAUCGGAACCAGGAGCUCUGAUAGCAAAGAACUGCAGAAGAUAUCCUACGACCCCAGUUAUGCUCUAUCUGUGUCUGAAUUCACUGACCUUCCCAGUGUCCAACAACAACUUCAGUUUUCCGUGGAAGCUGUGGUUGUUGACGUCACCCCAGAGUCACCAACUGUACCUGUUGACACUGCCAAAAAGGAUAUCGUAUUCCUUCUGGAUGGUUCCGAUGGCACAAGGAAUGGCUUCCCUGCCAUGCGUGAUUUUGUUGAGAGAGUGGUGGAGAAACUCAAUGUGGGACAAAACAAAGACCGUGUCUCUGUGGUCCAGUACAGCAGAGAUGCAGAGGUCCAUUUCUAUCUGAACACGUACACCACCAGAGAGGAUAUUGUGGAUUCGGUCAGAGGGCUGAAACACAAAGGAGGCAGACCCCUCAACACCGGGGCAGCCCUCCAGUACGUCAGGGACAACGUCUUUACAAACUCCUCCGGGAGUAGGCGCCUGCAAGGUGUUCCACAGAUGUUGAUCCUGCUAAAUGGUGGAAGUUCUUUUGACAAUGUAGAUGCCCCAGCCUCUGCUCUCAAACAGCAGGGCAUCUUUGCCAUUGGCAUUGGAACAAGGAACUCUGACAGUAGAGAGCUGCAGAAGAUAUCAUAUGACCCUAGUUACGCUCUAUCAGUGUCUGACUUCACUGACCUCCCCCGUGUCCAAGAACAGCUCUCCUCUGUAAUGAGCACAGUGCUAGUGGGGGCCACGCCCAUGACACCAACAGUAACUGUGGACAGAAAGGCACCAGGAAGGGAUGUUGUGUUCUUGUUGGAUGGAUCUGAUAGUACUAGAACUGGAUUCCCAGCUAUGCAAGACUUUGUCCAAAGAGUAGUAGAGACACUCAGUGUGGAUGACAACAAGGACCGUGUCUCAGUGGUUCAGUACAGCAGAGAUCCAGCUGUCCAGUUCUAUCUGAACACGUACAGCACAAAGGGCGAGGUCCUUGACACUGUUAAAGGUUUGAGGCACAAAGGCGGAAGACCCCUCAACACUGGAGCAGCUCUCCAGUUCGUGAGGGAUAAUGUCUUCACGGCCUCUGCCGGAAGCAGGCGCCUGGAAGGAGUCCCACAGGUGCUGAUAUUGUUAAGUGGUGGAAGGUCUUUUGACAGUGUUGAUGAACCAGCUUCUGCUCUCAAACAGCUGGGAGUCUUGACCUUUGCAAUCGGAACCAGGAGCUCUGAUAGCAAAGAACUGCAGAAGAUAUCCUACGACCCCAGUUAUGCUCUAUCUGUGUCUGAAUUCACUGACCUUCCCAGUGUCCAACAACAACUUCAGUCUUCCGUGGAAGCUGUGGUUGUUGACGUCACCCCAGAGUCACCAACUGUACCUGUUGACACUGCCAAAAAGGAUAUCGUAUUCCUUCUGGAUGGUUCCGAUGGCACAAGGAAUGGCUUCCCUGCCAUGCGUGAUUUUGUUGAGAGAGUGGUGGAGAAACUCAAUGUGGGACAAAACAAAGACCGUGUCUCUGUGGUCCAGUACAGCAGAGAUGCAGAGGUCCAUUUCUAUCUGAACACGUACACCACCAGAGAGGAUAUUGUGGAUUCGGUCAGAGGGCUGAAACACAAAGGAGGCAGACCCCUCAACACCGGGGCAGCCCUCCAGUACGUCAGGGACAACGUCUUUACAAACUCCUCCGGGAGUAGGCGCCUGCAAGGUGUUCCACAGAUGUUGAUCCUGCUAAAUGGUGGAAGUUCUUUUGACAAUGUAGAUGCCCCAGCCUCUGCUCUCAAACAGCAGGGCAUCUUUGCCAUUGGCAUUGGAACAAGGAACUCUGACAGUAGAGAGCUGCAGAAGAUAUCAUAUGACCCUAGUUACGCUCUAUCAGUGUCUGACUUCACUGACCUCCCCAGUGUCCAAGAACAGCUCUCCUCUGUAAUGAGCACAGUGCUAGUGAGGGCCACGCCCAUGACACCAACAGUAACUGUGGACAGAAAGGCACCAGGAAGGGAUGUUGUGUUCUUGUUGGAUGGAUCUGAUGGUACUAGAACUGGAUUCCGUGCUGUGCGAGACUUUGUCCAAAGAGUAGUAGAGACACUCAGUGUGGAUGACAACAAGGACCGUGUCUCAGUGGUUCAGUACAGCAGAGAUCCAGCUGUCCAGUUCUAUCUGAACACGUACACCACAAAGGGCGAGGUCCUUGACACUGUUAAAGGUUUGAGGCACAAAGGCGGAAGACCCCUCAACACUGGAGCAGCUCUCCAGUUCGUGAGGGAUAAUGUCUUCACGGCCUCUGCCGGAAGCAGGCGCCUGGAAGGAGUCCCACAGGUGCUGAUAUUGUUAAGUGGUGGAAGGUCUUUUGACAGUGUUGAUGAACCAGCUUCUGCUCUCAAACAGCUGGGAGUCUUGACCUUUGCAAUCGGAACCAGGAGCUCUGAUAGCAAAGAACUGCAGAAGAUAUCCUAUGACCCCAGUUAUGCUCUAUCUGUGUCUGAAUUCACUGACCUUCCCAGUGUCCAACAACAACUUCAGUCUUCCGUGGAAGCUGUGGUUGUUGACAUCACCCUAGAGUCACCAACUGUACCUGUUGACACUGCCAAAAAGGAUAUCGUAUUCCUUCUGGAUGGUUCCGAUGGCACAAGGAAUGGCUUCCCUGCCAUGCGUGAUUUUGUUGAGAGAGUGGUGGAGAAACUCAAUGUGGGACAAAACAAAGACCGUGUCUCUGUGGUCCAGUACAGCAGAGAUGCAGAGGUCCAUUUCUAUCUGAACACGUACACCACCAGAGAGGAUAUUGUGGAUUCGGUCAGAGGGCUGAAACACAAAGGAGGCAGACCCCUCAACACCGGGGCAGCCCUCCAGUACGUCAGGGACAACGUCUUUACAAACUCCUCCGGGAGUAGGCGCCUGCAAGGUGUUCCACAGAUGUUGAUCCUGCUAAAUGGUGGAAGUUCUUUUGACAAUGUAGAUGCCCCAGCCUCUGCUCUCAAACAGCAGGGCAUCUUUGCCAUUGGCAUUGGAACAAGGAACUCUGACAGUAGAGAGCUGCAGAAGAUAUCAUAUGACCCUAGUUAUGCUCUAUCAGUGUCUGACUUCACUGACCUCCCCAGUGUCCAAGAACAGCUCUCCUCUGUAAUGAGCACAGUGCUAGUGAGGGCCACGCCCAUGACACCAACAGUAACUGUGGACAGAAAGGCACCAGGAAGGGAUGUUGUGUUCUUGUUGGAUGGAUCUGAUAGUACUAGAACUGGAUUCCCAGCUAUGCGAGACUUUGUCCAAAGAGUAGUAGAGACACUCAGUGUGGAUGACAACAAGGACCGUGUCUCAGUGGUUCAGUACAGCAGAGAUCCAGCUGUCCAGUUCUAUCUGAACACGUACACCACAAAGGGCGAGGUCCUUGACACUGUUAAAGGUUUGAGGCACAAAGGCGGAAGACCCCUCAACACUGGAGCAGCUCUCCAGUUCGUGAGGGAUAAUGUCUUCACGGCCUCUGCCGGAAGCAGGCGCCUGGAAGGAGUCCCACAGGUGCUGAUAUUGUUAAGUGGUGGAAGGUCUUUUGACAGUGUUGAUGAACCAGCUUCUGCUCUCAAACAGCUGGGAGUCUUGACCUUUGCAAUCGGAACCAGGAGCUCUGAUAGCAAAGAACUGCAGAAGAUAUCCUACGACCCCAGUUAUGCUCUAUCUGUGUCUGAAUUCACUGACCUUCCCAGUGUCCAACAACAACUUCAGUCUUCCGUGGAAGCUGUGGUUGUUGACGUCACCCCAGAGUCACCAACUGUACCUGUUGACACUGCCAAAAAGGAUAUCGUAUUCCUUCUGGAUGGUUCCGAUGGCACAAGGAAUGGCUUCCCUGCCAUGCGUGAUUUUGUUGAGAGAGUGGUGGAGAAACUCAAUGUGGGACAAAACAAAGACCGUGUCUCUGUGGUCCAGUACAGCAGAGAUGCAGAGGUCCAUUUCUAUCUGAACACGUACACCACCAGAGAGGAUAUUGUGGAUUCGGUCAGAGGGCUGAAACACAAAGGAGGCAGACCCCUCAACACCGGGGCAGCCCUCCAGUACGUCAGGGACAACGUCUUUACAAACUCCUCCGGGAGUAGGCGCCUGCAAGGUGUUCCACAGAUGUUGAUCCUGUUAAAUGGUGGAAGUUCUUUUGACAAUGUAGAUGCCCCAGCCUCUGCUCUCAAACAGCAGGGCAUCUUUGCCAUUGGCAUUGGAACAAGGAACUCUGACAGUAGAGAGCUGCAGAAGAUAUCAUAUGACCCUAGUUACUCUCUAUCAGUGUCUGACUUCACUGACCUCCCCAGUGUCCAAGAACAGCUCUCCUCUGUAAUGAGCACAGUGCUAGUGAGGGCCACGCCCAUGACACCAACAGUAACUGUGGACAGAAAGGCACCAGGAAGGGAUGUUGUGUUCUUGUUGGAUGGAUCUGAUGGUACUAGAACUGGAUUCCCAGCUAUGCGAGACUUUGUCCAAAGAGUAGUAGAGACACUCAGUGUGGAUGACAACAAGGACCGUGUCUCAGUGGUUCAGUACAGCAGAGAUCCAGCUGUCCAGUUCUAUCUGAACACGUACACCACAAAGGGCGAGGUCCUUGACACUGUUAAAGGUUUGAGGCACAAAGGCGGAAGACCCCUCAACACUGGAGCAGCUCUCCAGUUCGUGAGGGAUAAUGUCUUCACGGCCUCUGCCGGAAGCAGGCGCCUGGAAGGAGUCCCACAGGUGCUGAUAUUGUUAAGUGGUGGAAGGUCUUUUGACAGUGUUGAUGAACCAGCUUCUGCUCUCAAACAGCUGGGAGUCUUGACCUUUGCAAUCGGAACCAGGAGCUCUGAUAGCAAAGAACUGCAGAAGAUAUCCUACGACCCCAGUUAUGCUCUAUCUGUGUCUGAAUUCACUGACCUUCCCAGUGUCCAACAACAACUUCAGUCUUCCGUGGAAGCUGUGGUUGUUGACGUCACCCCAGAGUCACCAACUGUACCUGUUGACACUGCCAAAAAGGAUAUCGUAUUCCUUCUGGAUGGUUCCGAUGGCACAAGGAAUGGCUUCCCUGCCAUGCGUGAUUUUGUUGAGAGAGUGGUGGAGAAACUCAAUGUGGGACAAAACAAAGACCGUGUCUCUGUGGUCCAGUACAGCAGAGAUGCAGAGGUCCAUUUCUAUCUGAACACGUACACCACCAGAGAGGAUAUUGUGGAUUCGGUCAGAGGGCUGAAACACAAAGGAGGCAGACCCCUCAACACCGGGGCAGCCCUCCAGUACGUCAGGGACAACGUCUUUACAAACUCCUCCGGGAGUAGGCGCCUGCAAGGUGUUCCACAGAUGUUGAUCCUGCUAAAUGGUGGAAGUUCUUUUGACAAUGUAGAUGCCCCAGCCUCUGCUCUCAAACAGCAGGGCAUCUUUGCCAUUGGCAUUGGAACAAGGAACUCUGACAGUAGAGAGCUGCAGAAGAUAUCAUAUGACCCUAGUUACGCUCUAUCAGUGUCUGACUUCACUGACCUCCCCAGUGUCCAAGAACAGCUCUCCUCUGUAAUGAGCACAGUGCUAGUGAGGGCCACGCCCAUGACACCAACAGUAACUGUGGACAGAAAGGCACCAGGAAGGGAUGUUGUGUUCUUGUUGGAUGGAUCUGAUGGUACUAGAACUGGAUUCCGUGCUGUGCGAGACUUUGUCCAAAGAGUAGUAGAGACACUCAGUGUGGAUGACAACAAGGACCGUGUCUCAGUGGUUCAGUACAGCAGAGAUCCAGCUGUCCAGUUCUAUCUGAACACGUACAGCACAAAGGGCGAGGUCCUUGACACUGUUAAAGGUUUGAGGCACAAAGGCGGAAGACCCCUCAACACUGGAGCAGCUCUCCAGUUCGUGAGGGAUAAUGUCUUCACGGCCUCUGCCGGAAGCAGGCGCCUGGAAGGAGUCCCACAGGUGCUGAUAUUGUUAAGUGGUGGAAGGUCUUUUGACAGUGUUGAUGAACCAGCUUCUGCUCUCAAACAGCUGGGAGUCUUGACCUUUGCAAUCGGAACCAGGAGCUCUGAUAGCAAAGAACUGCAGAAGAUAUCCUACGACCCCAGUUAUGCUCUAUCUGUGUCUGAAUUCACUGACCUUCCCAGUGUCCAACAACAACUUCAGUCUUCCGUGGAAGCUGUGGUUGUUGACGUCACCCCAGAGUCACCAACUGUACCUGUUGACACUGCCAAAAAGGAUAUCGUAUUCCUUCUGGAUGGUUCCGAUGGCACAAGGAAUGGCUUCCCUGCCAUGCGUGAUUUUGUUGAGAGAGUGGUGGAGAAACUCAAUGUGGGACAAAACAAAGACCGUGUCUCUGUGGUCCAGUACAGCAGAGAUGCAGAGGUCCAUUUCUAUCUGAACACGUACACCACCAGAGAGGAUAUUGUGGAUUCGGUCAGAGGGCUGAAACACAAAGGAGGCAGACCCCUCAACACCGGGGCAGCCCUCCAGUACGUCAGGGACAACGUCUUUACAAACUCCUCCGGGAGUAGGCGCCUGCAAGAUGUUCCACAGAUGUUGAUCCUGCUAAAUGGUGGAAGUUCUUUUGACAAUGUAGAUGCCCCAGCCUCUGCUCUCAAACAGCAGGGCAUCUUUGCCAUUGGCAUUGGAACAAGGAACUCUGACAGUAGAGAGCUGCAGAAGAUAUCAUAUGACCCUAGUUACGCUCUAUCAGUGUCUGACUUCACUGACCUCCCCAGUGUCCAAGAACAGCUCUCCUCUGUAAUGAGCACAGUGCUAGUGAGGGCCACGCCCAUGACACCAACAGUAACUGUGGACAGAAAGGCACCAGGAAGGGAUGUUGUGUUCUUGUUGGAUGGAUCUGAUAGUACUAGAACUGGAUUCCCAGCUAUGCGAGACUUUGUCCAAAGAGUAGUAGAGACACUCAGUGUGGAUGACAACAAGGACCGUGUCUCAGUGGUUCAGUACAGCAGAGAUCCAGCUGUCCAGUUCUAUCUGAACACGUACACCACAAAGGGCGAGGUCCUUGACACUGUUAAAGGUUUGAGGCACAAAGGCGGAAGACCCCUCAACACUGGAGCAGCUCUCCAGUUCGUGAGAGAUAAUGUCUUCACGGCCUCUGCCGGAAGCAGGCGCCUGGAAGGAGUCCCACAGGUGCUGAUAUUGUUAAGUGGUGGAAGGUCUUUUGACAGUGUUGAUGAACCAGCUUCUGCUCUCAAACAGCUGGGAGUCUUGACCUUUGCAAUCGGAACCAGGAGCUCUGAUAGCAAAGAACUGCAGAAGAUAUCCUAUGACCCCAGUUAUGCUCUAUCUGUGUCUGAAUUCACUGACCUUCCCAGUGUCCAACAACAACUUCAGUCUUCCGUGGAAGCUGUGGUUGUUGACAUCACCCUAGAGUCACCAACUGUACCUGUUGACACUGCCAAAAAGGAUAUCGUAUUCCUUCUGGAUGGUUCCGAUGGCACAAGGAAUGGCUUCCCUGCCAUGCGUGAUUUUGUUGAGAGAGUGGUGGAGAAACUCAAUGUGGGACAAAACAAAGACCGUGUCUCUGUGGUCCAGUACAGCAGAGAUGCAGAGGUCCAUUUCUAUCUGAACACGUACACCACCAGAGAGGAUAUUGUGGAUUCGGUCAGAGGGCUGAAACACAAAGGAGGCAGACCCCUCAACACCGGGGCAGCCCUCCAGUACGUCAGGGACAACGUCUUUACAAACUCCUCCGGGAGUAGGCGCCUGCAAGGUGUUCCACAGAUGUUGAUCCUGCUAAAUGGUGGAAGUUCUUUUGACAAUGUAGAUGCCCCAGCCUCUGCUCUCAAACAGCAGGGCAUCUUUGCCAUUGGCAUUGGAACAAGGAACUCUGACAGUAGAGAGCUGCAGAAGAUAUCAUAUGACCCUAGUUACGCUCUAUCAGUGUCUGACUUCACUGACCUCCCCAGUGUCCAAGAACAGCUCUCCUCUGUAAUGAGCACAGUGCUAGUGAGGGCCACGCCCAUGACACCAACAGUAACUGUGGACAGAAAGGCACCAGGAAGGGAUGUUGUGUUCUUGUUGGAUGGAUCUGAUAGUACUAGAACUGGAUUCCCAGCUAUGCGAGACUUUGUCCAAAGAGUAGUAGAGACACUCAGUGUGGAUGACAACAAGGACCGUGUCUCAGUGGUUCAGUACAGCAGAGAUCCAGCUGUCCAGUUCUAUCUGAACACGUACAGCACAAAGGGCGAGGUCCUUGACACUGUUAAAGGUUUGAGGCACAAAGGCGGAAGACCCCUCAACACUGGAGCAGCUCUCCAGUUCGUGAGGGAUAAUGUCUUCACGGCCUCUGCCGGAAGCAGGCGCCUGGAAGGAGUCCCACAGGUGCUGAUAUUGUUAAGUGGUGGAAGGUCUUUUGACAGUGUUGAUGAACCAGCUUCUGCUCUCAAACAGCUGGGAGUCUUGACCUUUGCAAUCGGAACCAGGAGCUCUGAUAGCAAAGAACUGCAGAAGAUAUCCUACGACCCCAGUUAUGCUCUAUCUGUGUCUGAAUUCACUGACCUUCCCAGUGUCCAACAACAACUUCAGUCUUCCGUGGAAGCUGUGGUUGUUGACGUCACCCCAGAGUCACCAACUGUACCUGUUGACACUGCCAAAAAGGAUAUCGUAUUCCUUCUGGAUGGUUCCGAUGGCACAAGGAAUGGCUUCCCUGCCAUGCGUGAUUUUGUUGAGAGAGUGGUGGAGAAACUCAAUGUGGGACAAAACAAAGACCGUGUCUCUGUGGUCCAGUACAGCAGAGAUGCAGAGGUCCAUUUCUAUCUGAACACGUACACCACCAGAGAGGAUAUUGUGGAUUCGGUCAGAGGGCUGAAACACAAAGGAGGCAGACCCCUCAACACCGGGGCAGCCCUCCAGUACGUCAGGGACAACGUCUUUACAAACUCCUCCGGGAGUAGGCGCCUGCAAGGUGUUCCACAGAUGUUGAUCCUGCUAAAUGGUGGAAGUUCUUUUGACAAUGUAGAUGCCCCAGCCUCUGCUCUCAAACAGCAGGGCAUCUUUGCCAUUGGCAUUGGAACAAGGAACUCUGACAGUAGAGAGCUGCAGAAGAUAUCAUAUGACCCUAGUUACGCUCUAUCAGUGUCUGACUUCACUGACCUCCCCAGUGUCCAAGAACAGCUCUCCUCUGUAAUGAGCACAGUGCUAGUGAGGGCCACGCCCAUGACACCAACAGUAACUGUGGACAGAAAGGCACCAGGAAGGGAUGUUGUGUUCUUGUUGGAUGGAUCUGAUGGUACUAGAACUGGAUUCCGUGCUGUGCGAGACUUUGUCCAAAGAGUAGUAGAGACACUCAGUGUGGAUGACAACAAGGACCGUGUCUCAGUGGUUCAGUACAGCAGAGAUCCAGCUGUCCAGUUCUAUCUGAACACGUACACCACAAAGGGCGAGGUCCUUGACACUGUUAAAGGUUUGAGGCACAAAGGCGGAAGACCCCUCAACACUGGAGCAGCUCUCCAGUUCGUGAGGGAUAAUGUCUUCACGGCCUCUGCCGGAAGCAGGCGCCUGGAAGGAGUCCCACAGGUGCUGAUAUUGUUAAGUGGUGGAAGGUCUUUUGACAGUGUUGAUGAACCAGCUUCUGCUCUCAAACAGCUGGGAGUCUUGACCUUUGCAAUCGGAACCAGGAGCUCUGAUAGCAAAGAACUGCAGAAGAUAUCCUACGACCCCAGUUAUGCUCUAUCUGUGUCUGAAUUCACUGACCUUCCCAGUGUCCAACAACAACUUCAGUCUUCCGUGGAAGCUGUGGUUGUUGAUGUCACCCCAGAGUCACCAACUGUACCUGUUGACACUGCCAAAAAGGAUAUCGUAUUCCUUCUGGAUGGUUCCGAUGGCACAAGGAAUGGCUUCCCUGCCAUGCGUGAUUUUGUUGAGAGAGUGGUGGAGAAACUCAAUGUGGGACAAAACAAAGACCGUGUCUCUGUGGUCCAGUACAGCAGAGAUGCAGAGGUCCAUUUCUAUCUGAACACGUACACCACCAGAGAGGAUAUUGUGGAUUCGGUCAGAGGGCUGAAACACAAAGGAGGCAGACCCCUCAACACCGGGGCAGCCCUCCAGUACGUCAGGGACAACGUCUUUACAAACUCCUCCGGGAGUAGGCGCCUGCAAGGUGUUCCACAGAUGUUGAUCCUGCUAAAUGGUGGAAGUUCUUUUGACAAUGUAGAUGCCCCAGCCUCUGCUCUCAAACAGCAGGGCAUCUUUGCCAUUGGCAUUGGAACAAGGAACUCUGACAGUAGAGAGCUGCAGAAGAUAUCAUAUGACCCUAGUUACGCUCUAUCAGUGUCUGACUUCACUGACCUCCCCAGUGUCCAAGAACAGCUCUCCUCUGUAAUGAGCACAGUGCUAGUGAGGGCCACGCCCAUGACACCAACAGUAACUGUGGAUAGAAAGGCACCAGGAAGGGAUGUUGUGUUCUUGUUGGAUGGAUCUGAUAGUACUAGAACUGGAUUCCCAGCUAUGCGAGACUUUGUCCAAAGAGUAGUAGAGACACUCAGUGUGGAUGACAACAAGGACCGUGUCUCAGUGGUUCAGUACAGCAGAGAUCCAGCUGUCCAGUUCUAUCUGAACACGUACACCACAAAGGGCGAGGUCCUUGACACUGUUAAAGGUUUGAGGCACAAAGGCGGAAGACCCCUCAACACUGGAGCAGCUCUCCAGUUCGUGAGGGAUAAUGUCUUCACGGCCUCUGCCGGAAGCAGGCGCCUGGAAGGAGUCCCACAGGUGCUGAUAUUGUUAAGUGGUGGAAGGUCUUUUGACAGUGUUGAUGAACCAGCUUCUGCUCUCAAACAGCUGGGAGUCUUGACCUUUGCAAUCGGAACCAGGAGCUCUGAUAGCAAAGAACUGCAGAAGAUAUCCUACGACCCCAGUUAUGCUCUAUCUGUGUCUGAAUUCACUGACCUUCCCAGUGUCCAACAACAACUUCAGUCUUCCGUGGAAGCUGUGGUUGUUGACAUCACCCUAGAGUCACCAACUGUACCUGUUGACACUGCCAAAAAGGAUAUCGUAUUCCUUCUGGAUGGUUCCGAUGGCACAAGGAAUGGCUUCCCUGCCAUGCGUGAUUUUGUUGAGAGAGUGGUGGAGAAACUCAAUGUGGGACAAAACAAAGACCGUGUCUCUGUGGUCCAGUACAGCAGAGAUGCAGAGGUCCAUUUCUAUCUGAACACGUACACCACCAGAGAGGAUAUUGUGGAUUCGGUCAGAGGGCUGAAACACAAAGGAGGCAGACCCCUCAACACCGGGGCAGCCCUCCAGUACGUCAGGGACAACGUCUUUACAAACUCCUCCGGGAGUAGGCGCCUGCAAGGUGUUCCACAGAUGUUGAUCCUGCUAAAUGGUGGAAGUUCUUUUGACAAUGUAGAUGCCCCAGCCUCUGCUCUCAAACAGCAGGGCAUCUUUGCCAUUGGCAUUGGAACAAGGAACUCUGACAGUAGAGAGCUGCAGAAGAUAUCAUAUGACCCUAGUUACGCUCUAUCAGUGUCUGACUUCACUGACCUCCCCAGUGUCCAAGAACAGCUCUCCUCUGUAAUGAGCACAGUGCUAGUGAGGGCCACGCCCAUGACACCAACAGUAACUGUGGACAGAAAGGCACCAGGAAGGGAUGUUGUGUUCUUGUUGGAUGGAUCUGAUGGUACUAGAACUGGAUUCCGAGCUGUGCGAGACUUUGUCCAAAGAGUAGUAGAGACACUCAGUGUGGAUGACAACAAGGACCGUGUCUCAGUGGUUCAGUACAGCAGAGAUCCAGCUGUCCAGUUCUAUCUGAACACGUACAGCACAAAGGGCGAGGUCCUUGACACUGUUAAAGGUUUGAGGCACAAAGGCGGAAGACCCCUCAACACUGGAGCAGCUCUCCAGUUCGUGAGGGAUAAUGUCUUCACGGCCUCUGCCGGAAGCAGGCGCCUGGAAGGAGUCCCACAGGUGCUGAUAUUGUUAAGUGGUGGAAGGUCUUUUGACAGUGUUGAUGAACCAGCUUCUGCUCUCAAACAGCUGGGAGUCUUGACCUUUGCAAUCGGAACCAGGAGCUCUGAUAGCAAAGAACUGCAGAAGAUAUCCUACGACCCCAGUUAUGCUCUAUCUGUGUCUGAAUUCACUGACCUUCCCAGUGUCCAACAACAACUUCAGUCUUCCGUGGAAGCUGUGGUUGUUGACAUCACCCUAGAGUCACCAACUGUACCUGUUGACACUGCCAAAAAGGAUAUCGUAUUCCUUCUGGAUGGUUCCGAUGGCACAAGGAAUGGCUUCCCUGCCAUGCGUGAUUUUGUUGAGAGAGUGGUGGAGAAACUCAAUGUGGGACAAAACAAAGACCGUGUCUCUGUGGUCCAGUACAGCAGAGAUGCAGAGGUCCAUUUCUAUCUGAACACGUACACCACCAGAGAGGAUAUUGUGGAUUCGGUCAGAGGGCUGAAACACAAAGGAGGCAGACCCCAAAACACCGGGGCAGCCCUCCAGUACGUCAGGGACAACGUCUUUACAAACUCCUCCGGGAGUAGGCGCCUGCAAGGUGUUCCACAGAUGUUGAUCCUGCUAAAUGGUGGAAGUUCUUUUGACAAUGUAGAUGCCCCAGCCUCUGCUCUCAAACAGCAGGGCAUCUUUGCCAUUGGCAUUGGAACAAGGAACUCUGACAGUAGAGAGCUGCAGAAGAUAUCAUAUGACCCUAGUUACGCUCUAUCAGUGUCUGACUUCACUGACCUCCCCAGUGUCCAAGAACAGCUCUCCUCUGUAAUGAGCACAGUGCUAGUGAGGGCCACGCCCAUGACACCAACAGUAACUGUGGACAGAAAGGCACCAGGAAGGGAUGUUGUGUUCUUGUUGGAUGGAUCUGAUAGUACUAGAACUGGAUUCCCAGCUAUGCGAGACUUUGUCCAAAGAGUAGUAGAGACACUCAGUGUGGAUGACAACAAGGACCGUGUCUCAGUGGUUCAGUACAGCAGAGAUCCAGCUGUCCAGUUCUAUCUGAACACGUACAGCACAAAGGGCGAGGUCCUUGACACUGUUAAAGGUUUGAGGCACAAAGGCGGAAGACCCCUCAACACUGGAGCAGCUCUCCAGUUCGUGAGGGAUAAUGUCUUCACGGCCUCUGCCGGAAGCAGGCGCCUGGAAGGAGUCCCACAGGUGCUGAUAUUGUUAAGUGGUGGAAGGUCUUUUGACAGUGUUGAUGAACCAGCUUCUGCUCUCAAACAGCUGGGAGUCUUGACCUUUGCAAUCGGAACCAGGAGCUCUGAUAGCAAAGAACUGCAGAAGAUAUCCUACGACCCCAGUUAUGCUCUAUCUGUGUCUGAAUUCACUGACCUUCCCAGUGUCCAACAACAACUUCAGUCUUCCGCCACGAGCGUACUUUUUGCAGAGGUUUUUAUUGUUUGUCUUCCUGUCUUUUUCUCAGUUGACACUGCCAAAAAGGAUAUCGUAUUCCUUCUGGAUGGUUCCGAUGGCACAAGGAAUGGCUUCCCUGCCAUGCGUGAUUUUGUUGAGAGAGUGGUGGAGAAACUCAAUGUGGGACAAAACAAAGACCGUGUCUCUGUGGUCCAGUACAGCAGAGAUGCAGAGGUCCAUUUCUAUCUGAACACGUACACCACCAGAGAGGAUAUUGUGGAUUCGGUCAGAGGGCUGAAACACAAAGGAGGCAGAACCCUCAACACCGGGGCAGCCCUCCAGUACGUCAGGGACAACGUCUUUACAAACUCCUCCGGGAGUAGGCGCCUGCAAGGUGUUCCACAGAUGUUGAUCCUGCUAAAUGGUGGAAGUUCUUUUGACAAUGUAGAUGCCCCAGCCUCUGCUCUCAAACAGCAGGGCAUCUUUGCCAUUGGCAUUGGAACAAGGAACUCUGACAGUAGAGAGCUGCAGAAGAUAUCAUAUGACCCUAGUUACGCUCUAUCAGUGUCUGACUUCACUGACCUCCCCAGUGUCCAAGAACAGCUCUCCUCUGUAAUGAGCACAGUGCUAGUUUGACACAUGAAACUAAAUAUGUCUCAAAUUUUGUGUUCCCUAGUGGACAGAAAGGCACCAGGAAGGGAUGUUGUGUUCUUGUUGGAUGGAUCUGAUAGUACUAGAACUGGAUUCCCAGCUAUGCGAGACUUUGUCCAAAGAGUAGUAGAGACACUCAGUGUGGAUGACAACAAGGACCGUGUCUCAGUGGUUCAGUACAGCAGAGAUCCAGCUGUCCAGUUCUAUCUGAACACGUACAGCACAAAGGGCGAGGUCCUUGACACUGUUAAAGGUUUGAGGCACAAAGGCGGAAGACCCCUCAACACUGGAGCAGCUCUCCAGUUCGUGAGGGAUAAUGUCUUCACGGCCUCUGCCGGAAGCAGGCGCCUGGAAGGAGUCCCACAGGUGCUGAUAUUGUUAAGUGGUGGAAGGUCUUUUGACAGUGUUGAUGAACCAGCUUCUGCUCUCAAACAGCUGGGAGUCUUGACCUUUGCAAUCGGAACCAGGAGCUCUGAUAGCAAAGAACUGCAGAAGAUAUCCUACGACCCCAGUUAUGCUCUAUCUGUGUCUGAAUUCACUGACCUUCCCAGUGUCCAACAACAACUUCAGUCUUCCGUGGAAGCUGUGGUUGUUGAUGUCACCCCAGAGUCACCAACUGUACCUGAGGUUUUUAUUGUUUGUCUUCCUGUCUUUUUCUCAGUUGACACUGCCAAAAAGGAUAUCGUAUUCCUUCUGGAUGGUUCCGAUGGCACAAGGAAUGGCUUCCCUGCCAUGCGUGAUUUUGUUGAGAGAGUGGUGGAGAAACUCAAUGUGGGACAAAACAAAGACCGUGUCUCUGUGGUCCAGUACAGCAGAGAUGCAGAGGUCCAUUUCUAUCUGAACACGUACACCACCAGAGAGGAUAUUGUGGAUUCGGUCAGAGGGCUGAAACACAAAGGAGGCAGACCCCAAAACACCGGGGCAGCCCUCCAGUACGUCAGGGACAACGUCUUUACAAACUCCUCCGGGAGUAGGCGCCUGCAAGGUGUUCCACAGAUGUUGAUCCUGCUAAAUGGUGGAAGUUCUUUUGACAAUGUAGAUGCCCCAGCCUCUGCUCUCAAACAGCAGGGCAUCUUUGCCAUUGGCAUUGGAACAAGGAACUCUGACAGUAGAGAGCUGCAGAAGAUAUCAUAUGACCCUAGUUACGCUCUAUCAGUGUCUGACUUCACUGACCUCCCCAGUGUCCAAGAACAGCUCUCCUCUGUAAUGAGCACAGUGCUAGUGAGGGCCACGCCCAUGACACCAACAGUAACUGUGGACAGAAAGGCACCAGGAAGGGAUGUUGUGUUCUUGUUGGAUGGAUCUGAUAGUACUAGAACUGGAUUCCCAGCUAUGCGAGACUUUGUCCAAAGAGUAGUAGAGACACUCAGUGUGGAUGACAACAAGGACCGUGUCUCAGUGGUUCAGUACAGCAGAGAUCCAGCUGUCCAGUUCUAUCUGAACACGUACAGCACAAAGAGCGAGGUCCUUGACACUGUUAAAGGUUUGAGGCACAAAGGCGGAAGACCCCUCAACACUGGAGCAGCUCUCCAGUUCGUGAGGGAUAAUGUCUUCACAGCCUCUGCCGGAAGCAGGCGCCUGGAAGGAGUCCCACAGGUGCUGAUAUUGUUAAGUGGUGGAAGGUCUUUUGACAGUGUUGAUGAACCAGCUUCUGCUCUCAAACAGCUGGGAGUCUUGACCUUUGCAAUCGGAACCAGGAGCUCUGAUAGCAAAGAACUGCAGAAGAUAUCCUACGACCCCAGUUAUGCUCUAUCUGUGUCUGAAUUCACUGACCUUCCCAGUGUCCAACAACAACUUCAGUCUUCCGUGGAAGCUGUGGUUGUUGACGUCACCCCAGAGUCACCAACUUUGACACUGCCAAAAAGGAUAUCGUAUUCCUUCUGGAUGGUUCCGAUGGCACAAGGAAUGGCUUCCCUGCCAUGCGUGAUUUUGUUGAGAGAGUGGUGGAGAAACUCAAUGUGGGACAAAACAAAGACCGUGUCUCUGUGGUCCAGUACAGCAGAGAUGCAGAGGUCCAUUUCUAUCUGA